AUGACUACUGAGCAUUCUUCUCCGGUGUCCAUGGACACCAAUGGAGCGGCCGGCCCUUCUCCGGCUCAGAACGGUCAGCAGAAUGAGCCGCCGUUUCGCCUAAAGUUUUGUACCGUUUGUGCUUCCAACCAGAAUCGGUCCAUGGAAGGCCACCUGCGCCUUUCCCAGGCCAAAUAUCCCGUCAUCUCCUUCGGCACCGGUUCCCUCGUCCGGUUGCCCGGUCCAACAAUCACCCAACCAAACGUCUACAAAUUCAACGAGACCUCCUACGACAGCAUUUACAAAGAGCUCGAGGCCAAAGACCCUCGGCUGUACCGCAUGAACGGCCUGCUCAACAUGCUCGGCCGCAACCGCUCCAUCAAGUGGGGCCCGGAGCGCUGGCAAGACUGGCAGAUCGGCAUGCCUCGAGUAAAGCACGAGAAAGACCUAGGCAGCCAAGGCAUGGAGGCCGGCGUGCCCGACAUCGUCAUAACCUGCGAGGAGCGUUGCUGGGAUGCGGUGAUCGAUGAUCUGCUGAUGCGCGGAUCCCCGCUCAACCGCCCCGUGCAUGUCAUCAACAUUGAUAUCAGGGAUAACCACCAGGAUGCAUCGAUUGGUGGGAGUGCGAUUGUGGAUUUGGCAGAUUCGCUGAAUAAGGUCGCUUGUGAAGAAAGGGAGCGGGUCGGGCCAGUGGCGUUUGACUCGGGCAGCGCGGCGGGCAGGGCUACGUUCGAUGAGCGUGUGCCCGAGGUGCUGGCUGCUUGGCAGGAGAGGUGGCCGGAUUUGCCUGCGACGUGGACUCUAUCUUGGUUCUGA